CUAAUCAUUUUAGGAGCACUGAGUAGCAUGUCAAUUCAUAGAGAGCAGCAGUUUGUGUAGGCAUUAAAAUGGCGUCGGCGUCUAGUUAUGUUAAAGACGAACAAGGUACCACAUUUAUUGCUGCCAGCCAGAGACCAGAUGGUACAUGGAGAAAACCAAGGAGAGUAAGAGACGGUUACAUCCCCCAGGAAGAAGUUCCACUAUAUGAAAGUAAAGGCAAACAAUUUGCCAAAAAUCAGCCUAAGUAUCCAGUGGGAUUCUCUCCUGAAGUUGUAAAUGCUACAAAAACGAAGAAGGAGAAGGCCGAUAGGGAGGCGUCAAAAAACAGCCCAAUACCAGGACUAGUCAUAGUUUCCACACCAGAAGGCAAAUCAAGUAAGAAGAAAAAGAAAAAGAAGAGUGGUACUAGUGAGGAUAAAUUAAGUGAAAGCCUAUCGAAAACUCACUUGAGUUCUGAGCUGAAAACUACAAAUUCUCGGUCAAAAUCACAGUCAAAUUCUCAAAUUAAAUCAGAGGCUUGUCAGUCGAAAUCACCUACUGUUCAGUCAAAAAAUGCAGCUUCCCAGUCAACAAAUAUAGCCAUAACACCGACAGAUCCUGCCAAAAGAAUCAAGAAUCUUCGCAAAAGGCUACGUGAAAUUGAGUCCAUUGAGCAAAAAAUUGCAGCAGGUGAACAGAAACUUGAAAAAGAUCAGCUAGAUAAAGUUGCUAGGAAAAGGGAAAUCAUGAGUGAAAUUGAACAGUUGACAUGUGCAUUGGGUGGUGAAUAAGUGAACAGUUUAUUUGUUAUGUGAUUAAUACCCAAAAUGAAGAGAAAUGAAAUUAUGCAAUAGCCUUUUCUAUGACAGCUUCUACUCCACUUCCUCCAUAUUUAAAGAUACAUUUAUGAUACAAAGAAAUAUUUUGUUAUUUACUUUUCCCUUAAGUAAAUGAUCAUGUACAAAAGUCUCUUGACUGACAUAUAUAAUUAUUUUUAAGAACAUAAUUCUUAAAGAGUGUUAAUAGUUCUAUACAGUAAUGCCAUUGUUGUAUCAUUUGUAGUUAAGUUGACCCUUUGUGAUUUCUAUCCAUAUUUUAAUGGUAUUUAUGUUUGAUGGACAUAGUAUAGCAACAUGUAAUGUAACUUGUACAGAUACUUAUUUAACAUCUUAUUUUGGUGAUGUUUUAAGAAACGAAUCUUUGAUUUAUUUUAAUGAGAUAACAGGGAACAUAUUGCAAUGUUUUAGUCUUUAGUUUUGCAGUCUUGUACUUUUGAUGAAAUGACACUGCUCAGGGGCCCAGAGGAAUGCACAUCCUAGAUAAAGCUGUUAAUUGUUAUGGAAUAUUUCUGUAGAAUAACCUCCUACAGAGAUGAUUUUGACUUGCUUCUUUCUCUUACACCUGAUGUGUAUUUCACAACACUUUCUACAAUGUAGGGAACGAAAACAAAUUAAAAAUACUGUCGCAUUCA